AAGGGCACAUGCCUGGAUAUGGGCUCGGUCCCCAGUGGUGGGCGUGCAGGAGGCAGGUGACCAACGAUUCUCUCUCAUCAUUGAUGUUUCUCUCUCUCUCCCUCUCCAUUCCUCUCUGAAAUCAAUAAAAAUAUUUUAUUUAAAAAAAAUAAGUGGCUCUCACUGCCCUAGGGGUGCUUGAAAAUGACUAACCCCGUGGGUGACAUAGGUCUUAAAGGUCACUAAUUGGUUCCUGUCAUUUCCUUUUAGAUUUGAAAGUGAGGAAAUGGAGAGCAUUUUCUCAGGCCUGGAGAACAACCACAGGCUUCAAGGCCUCAGCCUGCGCUACUGUGGCCUGGGGCCCCGGAGCGGGCCACGCCUGGGCUCCGUCAUCCGCCAGAGUGCCAUCUGCGAGCUGCACCUGGAUGGCAAUUACUUGCAGUGUUCCGGAGCGCUGGCCCUCCUCAGGCCCAUAGCAGAGUAUGCAGAGAUGCGGGGCAGAGGCCCGCCAGCCACAGCCUCGCCCGACUCCAGCAGUCCCCCUCCCGCACUCCCAGCCAGUCAGAGAGGAAGUUCAACUUUGAACCAGAUGACCAAGUCAUCUGGAACUGUGAAAGCUACUUCAGGGAAGAAGAAGAGAAAAAACGGAAUCAAGAAAAAAAGUAAAGGUUUGACUGAAGCUGGUCCUUGGUUAGUGAAAUUGUAUUUGGCAGAUAAUGGCAUAGACGGAAAAGGAAAAGAUGGAGAAAACAGUUUGUUGGAAUUCACUCAGAUCUUAACAUGCCUGAUCAAAUACUCUGCCCACUUAAGGGAACUUGACCUUGGAAACAAUGUCCUGGGAGAAAUGGCUGCUGCUGACAUACUUGAAGCACUGAGAGCCAGAAAGACAGGUAAACUCCCAGUCUUAAAAGUUACAGUCACUCCUCAGAUCUCUUCCGACACCUUCAGAUCUAUUUGGAAAAGCAGCAAUAAAUCUAAUGUUACCCGUAAAAGGAAGAAAAAGGUUAAAAACUGAAUAUGGAUGCCAUGUUUUCUUAUGGAUGCUAUUUCCAUGGCCAAGGAGACACACAUAUAAAGACAUUGCUUGUUAUAUGAUAAUAUUUCUCACUAUAACCAAGCCUCUUUCAGGUUCUAAAAUGUGAUAAGACUAUUGUAUGAAAGUUCAAAGUAGUUUUAAUCCUAUCAUGCUUGCCGUUUUCUAAAAUUUGGGUUUCACGAGUAAGCCUUAGUAAAAAUAGGUGGGAUUCUUCUCUAGGGCUUUUUCUCUUUUGCAUGUGAAAUGUACAAUUUGAAGAAAGUCGUGAUUUUUAUCUAAGAAAGAAUCUUCUUUCAUAAAUAUAUCCAUAGUUGGGAACAAUAGGAAUGUUUGGAAAUAAUAACCACUUUCUAAAAGAUAAUAUCCCCUAAUCGGGGAUCUUACACAAAUGAGGAAACAUCUAGUCACUUUACCCCAAUUCAAAUCUCAGACAGCUCCAUGGGAAAUGGUAGAGGUAUGGUUGAUCACUGCAUGGAUGGUAAAUUAGAUUAAGUUGAAUUUUAUAUGACAUGAUAAUAUGGUGCAGAAAUGAAAAGCACAGACCUCAGAAUAAAAAAGUUAGAAUUCUCUUUGGAAACCUGUGACUUUGAACAUAUGACCUUGGGCAAGCCAGUUAACCUCAUUGUGCCUCACUUUCCCCUAAUGCAGUGGUUCUCAACCUUCUGGCCCUUUAAAUACAGUUCCUCAUGUUGUGACCCAACCAUAAAAUUAUUUUCGUUGCUACUUCAUAACUGUAAUGUUGCUACUGUUAUGAAUCGUCAUGUACAUAUCUGAUAUGCAGGAUGGUCUUAGGCGACCCCCGUGAAAGGAUUGUUCGACCGCUAAAGGGGUCGCGACCCACAGGUUGAGAAACACUGAAGACACAGAUAAGAGUAAUAGCUUUCUCAUUUGGUAAUCUUUGAGUGAGAUGGUACAUGCCAAGCAUUUUAAGACAAUACCUGUUUCAUAGUAGUACAUGCUCAAAAAUAAAUCAGUGGCUGUUAUUAUUGUUGAUGUCAGAAUUGAGUGACUACAGGCAUUUCACUUUGAACAGCUAUACAAGAAAAACAGAAUGUACCAAGCUGAUUUAAAAUAAAUAUACAUGUUUAUUGUAAAAAAAAAAAUAGAAAAGAAAAAAGAAGACUUAAGACCUCUUUAUUUUGAACUUUAAAAAAACUGUCGUUUUUCCAUGUAUAAAUCUAAUAAGUGCUGGCAAGUUCAUGGGACCAAACUAAUGUGGAAGUGGGGCUGGGCAUAAUAAAUGAUGUCCACCCUUGAGGCUCUUAGCAUCUAGCUAGGAAGACAUGACCUCAUGCAUUACAAGUAAACAACAAUAGAGCAUCAGAGCUGAAAUAAUAUACCAAGUCUUUCCCAUUUAUAUAUCCAGUGUGUGAGGCCUUCUGAGAAAUUAUUCCUGCUUUAAAAAACAACCUCUUUUGAAAUUUGCCACUAACAUCCCUGGUUGGGAGUGUAAAGUCUAUGUUCCUCUGUAAAGAUCUUUUGGCAAUGUCUAUCAAAAUGAAAAAAAUACAGCUUCUGAUCCAGGCACUGUACUUCUAGAAAUUUGUCUUACAGAUAUACUCUUACACAUGUGCAAGGAAAUAUAUGCAGCACUGUUUAUUAUACAUUAUAAAAAAUUAAAUGUGUCUCAAAGGGUUCCCAGGGAAAUAAAUCAUAGGAAAAGUAUGUGGUAGAAUACUACAUAGCCAUUAAAAAAUAAUGUAGAUAUAUAAGUGUUUAUGUGGACAGAUGUCAUAGUAGUACUAUUAAACAAAACAAACAAACAAACAAAAAACAGGCUACAGAAUAGUACAUGUGAAAAAUUCAUAUUGAAAACUAAUCGAGCCCUAGCUGGUUGGGCUCAGUGGAUAGAGCAUUGGCCUGUGGACUGAAGGGUCCCAGGUUUGAUUCCGGUCUAGGGAAUAUGCCUGGGUUGCGGGCUGGAUCCCCAGUAGGGGGAAUGCAGGAGGCAGCUGAUCAGUGAUUCUCUCUCAUCAUUGAUGUUUCUAUCUCUCUCUCCCUCUCCCUUCCUCUAUGAAAUCAAUAAAAGUAUAUGUUUUUAAAAACACACACACAAAAAUUAAUUGAACCUGAGCUGUGUGGCUCAGUGUUUGAGCAUCAACCCAUGAACCAGGAAUUCAUUUUUUUAUUUCAGGUCACGGCACAUACCUAAGUUGCGGGUUCAAUCCCCAGUGGGGGCGUGCAGGAGGCAGCUGAUCAAAGGAUUCUCUCUCAUCAUUAAUGUUUUUACCUCUCUUCUCCUUUUCCUUUCCUCUCUCUAAAAUCAAUAAAAACAUAUAAAUAAUUAAAAAUCUUAAAACAACAACAAUUAAUUGAUGUGAUAUGAGCCAGCAAAUUGUUGAACAUUCAUACAAUAGACUAGUAUUCAACCUUAAAAAGGAAGGAAAUUGACAUAUGGAAGGAAUUGCUACAUGAAUAAACCUUGAGAACAUUGUUAAGUGAAACAAGCCAGUCACAAAAAGGCAAGUUCUGUAUGAUUCCACUUACAUGAGAUACCUAGAGUAUCUAGACUCAGAAACAGAAUGUAGAACGGUGGUUGCCAAGGGGAGGAGGGGGACGUGGAGAGUUGUUUAAUGGGUGUAGAGUUUCAGUUUUAGAAGAUGAAAAAGUUCUGGAGAUUGGUUGCAUAAUAAUGUGAGUAUACGUAAUACUACUGAACUGUGAACUUAAACAUGGUUAGGAUAGUCAACUUUAUGUUUUGUGUAUUUUGCCACAAUUUAAAAAAAAAUGUUAAGUAAAUUCAUGUAUUAUGUG